UAGUCACACGCGCGUCAUCCACCGCGGGAAAUUUGAAAACAAUUUUUUUUCAAAACAAACAGUGACGUCCCACAAAGUUACAAUUCGACGUAAAUUCUUUGGAAAAUGAGUUUUUCUUUACUAGACCUUAACAACUUCUUCGAGCAAAAAGGACCAGGGUUUCUGGCGGAAGCUAGUCAUCAAAACCAGAUGCAGCCGACUAUCGGGAUUUAUUUCGAAAAUCCUGAAAAUCUUAGCAAUGCUGUCACAGAAAAGACGAGAACGUACAAAACCGACCAGAACAGGCGAGCUCGCAACGUCAUCAGCAGUCGAAAAUAUCGAGCAAAAAAGCGACGACAAUUUUUGCAGCUAGAGGAUGACAACAGAGUUUUACAAGAGUCCAUCAACAUGGCCCAGAAAGAGUUGGAGCAAUUAAAUCAAGCCUUUCGCAUGUUCAUCCAACACGCAGAAAAAUGCAUAACAUGUUCUCAUGUGCAGCUAAACUUUGAUUGAGCUUCAAUUCCAACCAUAAAUGUAAAUGAAAUAAUAAUUUAAUGAUUUGCAAUGUAUUAAUGCAUUUAUAUGUAUACUGGGCUGUACGCUGUACAUUACAAAAAAAAUGAAACAGCAAUAAAUAUAAAGUUUAUUUUUUUCA